AUGGGAAUGCGGAAACGAUUUGAGCUGCCCGCUUGUGUGCGAGCAGCAAUAAUGGCCAAGUUCCCUGUAGAUGGUGAGAAAGCUGCUGGUCAUAAGGGCAGGAAAGUUGCUAGAAAAGAUGCUAUGGAGUGUGAUGAAGACGAAUGGCGGGACCGAUUUGCCUGCAAUCCAAUGCUAACGCGUGAUGUCACGUCGCAAUAA